AUUUGAGUUUGGCAAACUGUGUGACAUGGGUACUGUAGGUUGUGGAAAGAUAUCGACGUGCUGCAAGCAAUGCAAAUACAAUAAUUACAGCUAUGCAAUUACCAGUUCCAAUCUUCCGGCUUUCUAAAUCAUCAUUUUAUUUCCCAAAUCAGACUGUGGGUUCUUUCGAAUCCCACAGAAUAAAACACACCCCCAAAUUCCAAUUAGCAGCUGAAUCCUUCAUCAAGGUAUCAACGGUUGGACCCAAUUCGUUGAAGCCCACAAAGACAUUUCAUUCUUAUCCUCCAAGAGCACUCAACAUGUCACAGCAAUCGGAAAAAGUGCCUGACACAGAAGGAAGCGAUGGUGAAACUGAAGUGCAGCAGUUAACUCCACAUGACCAGUGGGACUGGAACUCGCGACAUCACUGGAAACACUGGCAUGGGCUCUGGAGCAUGUGGCAGCCCACAGAGAGCCCACAAAUUGCCAAGAUUUAUAAGUCUGUGAGGUCUCUGUGGCCUGUGGAUAAGGACCGUGUGCAUUUGUAUCACAGGAAUCAAUGGUAUGAGAGCAGUGGAGAGGGUCCUGAUAUUAAUUGGGAGGGAGGACCCUGGGCCAUGUAUGAAUUCAAGCACAGCCUGCAAGAUGGUAUUUGGCAUCCUAAUUCUAUUGACCAUAGAAUUAUUCAGUUUCCUAAUGGAGAUCUUGGUUGGGUGCAGCUGGCUCUCAAGCCCAAUGAUCCCAAAUCUGUUGUUUUCAACGAGAUGCAUUUCAUGGCAUCUCCUGAUGCCAGGGCCCCUGUUAUUCUUGGCUAUGACUUUGAAGGCAAGAUGGGGGUAGCUUUAAUGCUUGAGGAAACAAGAGAAAAUGAUAAGAGACCAGAGCCUUCAUGGCAGGGAACUAUUUGGAAGCAUCACAGAGCCCCUCUUGAAGAAAGCAGAAGUGAGCCUGAGGGAACCUUUGUUGGGACAGAAAUGAGCAUCAAUAGGCAUCUUGAAAUGUCAAGUAGAAGGGCAGUUUGGAAAGGCUUCAGAGGUGGAUUGAGUGAGGAAGAUGAAAGGGCCAUGGACUGCAAGUAUAUUCUCGUACAACUUCCUUAUGGAUUCACUGUUUUUGCUCCUUUAGAGGCUGCGAUAGGCAAAGCUCAUGCAUACUAUGUGAGCUGGGUGGUAAAUGAAAACAAGGUGAGGGUAAUUUCUACCAGGUAUUUUGCAGAUGGCAGGCUGCAAUAUGUUAAGUCAGGGACAUAUGACAAAUCUGCAUAAAAGCAGGAUCUAGAAACUGUCAAGCUAUACUAUACUAAUUUCUGUUAACUAGUCACAGUCUUCAUAACUGUAUCAUUCAAUGACAUGCUUUUCUUUCUCCAUCAAUAUAAUAUUUUAACUGUAAUCUUCAAUAAAAUACAUUUCUUUCUCCAUCAAUAUAAUAAAUUUCUCUUAAUAGCCGAUAGGCUAUAUUA